AUGGCAUUAAGUUCCUUUUCAAGACCCUCCAAACUCAUGUCGGUUUUGUCAACAUUGCUUCUAGCCAUGCUCAUGUCUCUUUCCAAAGCUCAAAGUCCUAGAGAAACCACCAUAGUGUUUUACUUGCAAGACUUGGCGUCAGGACCCAAUGCAACUGUUGUCCCUAUCACAGGCAUCCAAGGCAAGCCUCAGUCUUUCACCUCAUUCGGCACCAUUUUCGCCAUUGACGAUCCCAUCACCGAAACUCCCGAUAAGAGAUCGACCCAAGUAGGUCGAGCUCAAGGCAUUCUAGUUGCUUCGUCCUUUUCUGGCUCCAAUGUGCAUGUGUCAAUGUCACUUGCAUUCACCAAUAGGUACGAUGGCAGCAGCCUUGAGCUACAAGGCACCAGCCGCCAGUUUGAGAGGGUUAAAGAGGUCUCAGUGGUUUCAGGCACUGCAUCAUUCAGAUAUGCAAGGGGUUAUGCUACCCUUGAGACAGUUUUUUAUGAUAAUAAGACCUCCUACUCAGUCGUCCGGUGCGCUAUUAGGUUGCUUCUCAAUAGUACUUAA